UCUCAUUCUCAAACCUCCUCGCCCUUUGACAGAUCAUUAUCCCGAGAGAGAGAGAAAGAGAGAGAUGGAAGAGACAAAGUCGAGAUUCAAGCGGAUUUGUGUGUUCUGUGGGAGCAGUUCAGGGAAGAAAGCCAGUUACCAAGAAGCUGCUGUUGAGCUUGGGAAGGAACUGGUAACGUUAAAAGUUUCCUUUCAUUGCCUUUUUCAUGAUUCUCUCAUCUACGAUAUGGGCAGUUCUCUAAUAACCAGAAUAUUUCGCAGCCGGGUGGAGAGAAGGAUUGAUUUAGUCUAUGGAGGUGGGAGCGUGGGAUUGAUGGGUCUUGUUUCUCAGGCUGUUCAUGAUGGUGGGCGCCAUGUUCUAGGAAUUAUUCCACGGAGCCUAAUGCCUAGAGAGAUAACUGGCGUAACGGUUGGAGAAGUGAGAGCGGUAUCUGAUAUGCAUCAGAGGAAAGCUGAAAUGGCUCGUCAAGCUGAUGCCUUCAUUGCCCUCCCUGGUGGCUAUGGCACUCUGGAAGAACUGCUGGAAGUCAUUACGUGGGCUCAGCUUGGAAUUCACCAAAAACCCGUGGGCCUCUUGAAUGUAGAUGGGUUUUAUAAUUCCUUGUUGUCUUUCAUAGAUAAGGCUGUCGAUGAAGGCUUUAUCUCACCUAUCGCACGUCGCAUUAUUGUGUCUGCACCAACUGCCAAACAAUUGGUCAGGCAACUUGAGGAAUAUGUUCCAGAGUAUGAUGAGAUAACAUCCAAGUUGGUUUGGGAAGAGGUGGACAGACUAAAUUAUGUACCUGAAUCAGGAGUUACCACGUGAUCUGCUGCAUGAAAUAUACAUGGCUUUUGAGUUUGCAGUGAUCUUAGUAUAUAGUUUAUAUGAGCAGAGCUUUUGGCCCUUUUUUUUUUUGGAACUGCGCCAGCACAAUGUCUUAAUUAGUUUCUCAUAUAUAUAUACAUGCAUGUGCCUGAAUGGAAAAAAGAAAAGUACGUGAAAGAAUCAAUUUUAAGCCUUUAUGCAUUCUAUC